AUGUCCUACUGGGAGGAGGUCUCAGCGGGCUUGGGGAAUACUGUGUCCUCCAGGAUGAGCUGGAAGGCAUGGCUGGAGCCUGGUGGGUAUUUGGUCCUGCUUCUGGCAUCAGUGCUAAGUUACACUAAUCCAGCUGCUGGGUCUGCCCUGGGCUUAUCCGUGGCCUUCAUCUUAAAAUUCAGAGACAACAUGUUCCAUGUGCUGACUGGCCAGUUCACUACUGUUCUGGUCACAGGCCUCUCCCUCUUCCUCUUUGACUUCCACCCUUCGCUGGACUUCUUCCUCCAGGCACCCACGGUCCUGCUGGCCAUCUUUAUCUACAAUGCCAGCUGGCCCAAGGACCUGGAAUAUAGCCUGCAGCGGGAGAAACUACGGGUCAUCAACGGGGAAGUGUUUGAGAGGUCAAGAGGGGACAGUGAGGAGCUCGAGCUCCUGACAAAGGCAAAUGCAGACAGUGUUUCUGAUGAAGAGUCCUUGUAG